AUGAUGAUGGUGGUGGUGGUGGCGCUCCACGCGCGAUAGAUGCCCCUCUGGAUGCUCUCUCUGGUGGGUGUCGCGGUGUAUUGUGGGCAGAUUUGGGUCUAAGCAGAGCACAGUUCGUCAUCUCCAGGAAAGAUGGCUGCUCUUGGCUCCACAGCGGCUCUUCCUCCAGAUGUCAGUCCCGGUUUCGCGGUGGUCUGCUCGUUUUUGGAGCGCUACGGGUCUGUUCUGGAUCUGCCCGAGCUGUCGUUCCCGCAGCUGGAGCGGUACCUACAGGAUACAUCAUCGGUUCCUCGGCCAUUAAUUGAGCUCCAUAUCAAACUGCUGCGGAAGAUUGGCAAGUCGGUCACACCAGACAGAUGGGAGAAGUAUCUUGUCAAGGUGUGCCAGGAAUUUAACAGCACCUGGGCAUGGGAAAUGGAGAGAAAGAGCUACCUAGAAAUGACGGUAGAGUGCAAGACUGGCAUUUUAAAGUACUUGUGCGAGUGCCAGUUUGACGACAAUCUCAAGUUUAAGACAUUAAUCAACGAGGAAGACCCAGACAAGAUGCGUCUACAGCCCAUCGGUAGAGACAAGGAAGGUCUUCUCUACUGGUUCCAGUUAGAUCAAGAUCAGAAUAUACGUGUUUAUUCUGAGGAACAGGAUGAUUUGGAUGGGUCCUCGUGGAAAUGCAUUGCAAGGACUAGGAAUGAUCUUGCAGACACACUAGAACAGCUUAAAGCCGAGAUCGCAACUGACCAAGAGAAGCAAGACGGAUCCACCAGCCCAAGUAUGGAGGCCGAAGGUGUUAAAGGUGAGGUUGAGGACUUGAAGAACCAUGUAUCAGGCCGAGGAGACUUCACCAACAGCACCUUCAAUUCGAAUCAAAGUGAGUUAAUAUCUAAAGACAUUAAAAAAGAACCAAUGGGUCCCAUUAAACCAGAGAAAGAAGAAAAAGUUGCUGAAAAUUUCCAACCCAAAGUGGUCAUCGACAACAGGGUCAGUACGAUAAAAACUCUCAUGAAAGAAGAACCAAAAGGUUGUCCCAAACCAUGGAAUGCCAUUUCUGUCGUCAUGCCCCCUGCUUCCAUUAAACACGACCCGGCGGUGAAAUCAGAGACGCACGAAGACAAGAAAGAAAUGGUAUUUGAGAACGUGGCUAGAGCUGUAAAGAGCGACCAACAGGCUAAAAUACCACUGAAGAAGAGGGAGUUGAAAAGGAGUGGAGGAUAUGACGUUAGCAACCACAACAACAACAACAUUAACAGCAAUGGAAGCAUCAGCACAGGAGGUAUAAUCGUUCGCAAUCCUACUGUCUUGCCAUUGAAGGAACAGCCAGUCAGAAAAGAAUGCCCUACUAGAGAAGAGGAAGGACCGACGGCCAUCAUCGCUGUCCCACGAGACCCAAAGGUUGACCAAAUGGCAGCAGGGGAACAAUGCAUAGGUGUUGGAGUUAUCAAAGGUCCCAAUGAGCAUAAAAAGCCACUGAAUGAAAAUGAUAAGUCUUCAAAUGGUCAUCAUGGGAAUGUCUUGAAGACUGAAGUUAGUACAGAUAGUGCAAGACAGUCUGUCCUUUUUGGGAAAUCCAUGGUUCAAGCAGACAACGGUCCUCUUUCUCGUAGUAUCCCUGAAGAUUUAUCAAAAGAUGCUUGCGAUAAGAGCACAGAUGUGUCUGCGAAAGCAUUAAACCUUGUCGAGUCGUCAACGAUUGAAGAGACCACUUCAGUUGAGAAAAAGGUUGAAAAAGUCGACAGUGAAGAAGACGUUAUGGAGCUCAAAAGCAAGACAGUUGGUUUGUCAGCCGAAGAAAAAAAUGAUGUUGAGGAUGUCAGCAAAGACAAGACUCUGAGAGGCCCAAGAAAGAGACGUUCACAAAAGUCCAAAUCCAAAAUGCAAGCAAGAGAAGAUGGGCAGAAUGCUUCCAGCAUGGGUGAGGAUUUGGAAAAGGAUGCUGAAAAAACUGGACUCAACGAGGAUGAAGAGGUAUCGUCAGAACUUCAGAAGGAAGGGAUUCGCCUUAAGAUUAAGAUACCUCUUCAUAGACGAACACCUGAACUCCAGCUCAAGGACACAGAGGAGUCGGACACCAGCAAUCGGAGAUCCCUGCGGAGAUCUGCCAGAAUCUGCAAUCCCAUUCCCAAAAAGGCAGAUACUCGGGAUGGGAAACAAGACGGAAAACUUUCAGCCUCCUCAGCAGCUCAGGAUGAGGAGGAAUGCGUAGAAGACAAAGAGACCAAAGUUCUUCCCAACAAGGAGAUGGACACGGAAGUACAGCCCAAGUCUUUUAAGGCCAAACGGCGACAUAGGAGGAAACCCUGGUCGAAAAUUCGUACGAAGAGGAAGAGGGAAGAGGAAGUGGCCGAUGACAAAGCCGUAAAUAAUGAAGACAACAAAUCAGAGACAGAAGACGACAAAAGUGAGACCGAAUCGGACCAAUCCAAUGAAAUUCCUUCUGAAGAUGCUUGUAAACACUGUGGGCUCGCCAACCACCCAGAACUAAUCCUUCUUUGUGACAUGUGUGACAGCGGCUAUCACACAGCCUGUCUGAGACCCCCUCUAAUGAUCAUUCCUGAUGGAGAAUGGUUCUGCCCUCCCUGCCAGCAUAAGCUUCUCUGUGAGAGGCUGGAAGAGGAGCUUCAGAAUCUGGACACGGCUUUAAAGAAGAAAGAGAGAGCUGAACGAAGACGUGAGCGGUUAGUGUAUGUGGGCAUCAGUGUGGAGAACAUUAUAUCCACCCCUGAUGGUGAUGGGGAGGACAGCUUGACAGAGAAGAAAAAAGAUGCCAAGGAAACAAAAAAUCUGGGCAGGCGGUCGACAAGGACGAGGAAAUCCAUCAGUUAUAGGUUUGAUGAUUUCGAUGAAGCCAUUGAUGAAGCAAUAGAGGAAGAUAUUCAAGAUUCAGAAGGAGGAGGUUCUGGUGGCGUUAAACCUGUGCCGCCCAUCACGAAUCAGCAGAGGAACGUGGCGAGUCGUGAGAGUCGACGGCCUGUGAAAGCUCCCGCCCCGCGCAAGAGGAAACGCCGGCGACUCAAUGACCUGGACAGUGACAGCACGCUGGACUCGGAGGAGAGCGAGGACGAGUUUCAGAUCAGUGACAGUAUGGAGGAGGAGGAUUUUGUGGUUUCAGGAGAUGGUGCGUCUGAGGGUGAUGGGAGUGAAUGGGGCAGCGGUGAAAGUGCCUCUGAAAAUCAACCGGCCUCCAGAAGAACAGGAAGAAGUGCUCGCUCCCAGGGAACCAGGAGGAGCAGACGCAAACCUCCUUCCCGACGAAGAGGCACCUCAGAGGAAAAGGACAUGCUAGACUCUGAGGAGGAGGAAGAAGGAAUGGAAACCGAGGGCUCUAACGAGUUCAGCGACAGAGAUGUGGACGUGAAUAGAAGGCGUCUGCGACGGAGUCAGAACUCUCAGGUCAACUACUAUGAGACGUCAGAGUCUGAAGGGUCACGAAAGGUGUCCAAUCAGAAGCAGACCUCUCUUCCUCACCGUCGACGGCUGUCCAGCUCCAACAGUGAAGAGUCCAUACUUUCUAAAGACUUUAAGCCAAAGGAAUCGCAUCAGAGAUCAGAAAAAGGGCGCAAGUGCAGUUCAACAAGGGAAGAGUCCAAACACAGGCACAAACGAGAAAAACAGAGACAGCAGAGAAGCUCCAGUGAAAACGAGGAGGAGGAAGAGGAUGAAGGAGAAACAGAGGACUCCGCUGAAGACGAACGGCCCCUUCGCAAGAGGUCGAACCGCAUCGAAACAGACGAAGAAGAUGAGGAAGAGGAGAACAGACGAGGAAGUCUCCGGUGGAAGCACACGGCGGGCUCUCGAGGUCCCGUCAGGCACAACGGCUUGGUCCCGCUGAGGGCCGCAGCUCAAGAUGACGACGAAGAUGAUGAGGAUGAAGAAGAGAUCACUGGAGUCACGGACCUUGUUAACUUUGUUUUCGAUAGUGAACAGUUGUCAUGAUCU